UUCACAAAUUCUCCACGAUUUCUCUGUAUGUUUUUUGUUUGUUAGUGGCGUGCUCCAAUAAGCUCUUCAAAAAGUGGAAUAAUUAACUCCUUCCUCAAUGAACAGUACUUCCUGACAGUGUUAAACUCGACGCUUCCGUUUCUGACACACAAGAGCGCGUACACAUUCUCUAUUUUUUUGGAACUAUGUACAGCCGACCAUUCGUCUCAGGAUGAACUCCGAAGACCAAUCUCGCAUCAAAGGCAAAAAGAAAGCGGCCCCCAGUACGGGGACCCCAGAUGCCAAGAAAGUCAAGCUAGCAAAGGGAGUGGACCGCUUCUGCUGGAUCUGCCACCGGGAACCGGCCUCCCUCUGGUGCAACACGUGUCCGCGGAGCUACCAUGCGUCCUGCGUCAACCUCAAGGUCAAGUCGCUCAACGAGUGGGUGUGCCCCGAGUGCGUGCGUGUCAUGUCUGCGGAGAACGUGGACACGCGCCCCUCCUCGCUGUCGCUCAUCUCCGUGGACGAGUUCUGCAGCCUGCUGCAGUAUGCCCUGCAGAGACUCAAGCAACACACCCACGAAGCCUUCUUGAAGCCAGUGUGCACAAAGACAUACCCCAAUUACACUGAUUAUGUCAGCCAUCCAUUUGACCUCAGCAUCUUGGAAAAGAAUGUCAGGUGGAAACACUAUGGCUGCACGGAGUCAUUUCUCAGUGAUGCCCGGUGGAUCUAUCACAACUGUAUUAUAUUUAACGGAUACAACCACAAGCUGUCCAUGAGCGCCAAGGUGCUCAUGAAAGUGUGCAAGCAGGAAAUGGAGGAGAUCGAGGUGUGCCCAGACUGCUACAAGAACGCCAACACCCACGACUCGUGGUUCACCGAGCCAUGCAGAAGGCCACAUCUUCUUGUGUGGGCAAAGUUGAAGGGAUUCCCAUUUUGGCCCGCAAAGGCUAUGAGAGUACAGGACAGCAAUAUCGACGCAAGGUUUUUCGGCGCCCACGACAGGGCGUGGGUGCCGAUGAACCAGUGCUUCCUGCUCUCCAAGGAAUCCCCCACCGAGAUCAAGAACAGAAAGAAAGGUCUCCAGAACGCCGUGGAAGAGCUCGAGAUCUACAUUCAAAAGUACAAGGAGAAGUAUGGCGAGUACAGCUACAGCGUCAUCCGGACACCCGUGACUCUCCAAGACUUCAACAACACGCCAACCGCAGAAAAGAAAACAUUUGGUGGCCUUUGCAGCUCUCCAACGACAUCUGAUGACAAGGAGCUGAAUUCAGCACUGUCUACGUUGGUGGUAAAGAAAAGAGUGCCGAGCGAAACACCGAGCCCCACGAACAACGCAUCACAAGAUGGGUCGGAGGGCACGCAGUCGACAAGUGCCAAUCUGGACGACGAGAGCCUGCCCUGCUCGCCUGCCAAGGACUCCCCGAUGCCCGCCAAGAGGGUGAAGGAGGAGAAGGCGACGCCGGUCCCCGACGGGACCCCCCAGGGCAUCUUCGAAGUGAGUGCUGAGCUGCCCGGGGAACUGCAGAUGCGGGUGUCCCAGCAGGACAUGGAGGACCUGCCCAAGAAGGUGAACCGCAACGUGGAGAGCCUGGUCAGCGCCCUGAAGAAGAUUGAGCGAUCCAUCAGCAGCGACACCAAUCACGCCGAGGCGCCACGAAAGAAGGAGGGCCGGGACGAAGCCGCCGCACGGGGAAAGACGACGGCCGAGACAAAGGACGCCCGCAGGCGGGGCAGCCCCCCGGCGUGCGACGUGACGAGCACCACGACGGAGCCGGGUGAGGCGCCGCCAUCGUUCGCUCCCGCCACGCGGGCUGCAGAUGACUUCCGGGAGAAGCUCAAAAAGACCAUCCUGUCCAUCAAGGAGAAGGUGGGCGGGGCGGCCCCCGUCGCCGCGGAAGACCCCACCGAGGACGAGGAGGAGGUCGAGGACGAAGAGGAGGAAGAAGAGGACGAGGAAGAGGCUGGGGAGUCAGAGGGAGAGAAGGCGGAGGCCGAAGAGAAGAGGAGCGAAGAGGUGGUGGCGGCGAAAGAGACCGCAGUCGCGGAGGUUCGGGAAUCCCCGCGGCCGGCAGGCGAGGUGAGCGAAGCAACGGAGAGCACAGGCGUGGCUCAGGAAGAGACGAGCAGGGAGUCAACUGGUAGUCAAGGGAGCAGGGUCGCCGGCCUCGCAAAAAUGAAGUUCACGACCAAGCGCAGCCUCUCGAGUGCUCUGCUCGCAAGUGCGCUUCAGCCACCCUCCAGCGAUGGCAGUUUAUUGCCCACGAAGGAUAAUUCUACCAACAACUUUCUUGAUGCAAGUGCCAAAGACAGCGUUGAAUCCGUGCGGCAAGAGUGCAAAGAAGAGAUGGACGAGUAUCAUCAUAUUCUUGCAUUGACUCUAAAAGAAAUGCGCAUAUGCCUGGAUCUUGAAUUCAAGAAGGCAACGGCAGCAACUAUCGAAAAACAGGCUGCAGAAGUGGCCAAGGCUGUUGCCGAGACAAAACGGAAGCAAUGGUGUGCCAACUGCUGGAAAGAGGCGGUGUUCUUUUGCUGCUGGAACACGAGCUACUGCGACUACCCGUGCCAGCAGGCCCACUGGCCCAAGCACAUGGCAAACUGCACGCAGACCAGCGUGAGUCAGCAGGUGCAGGCGACUGGGGUCAGCCUGAUCAACAACGGCUCCCUGGCUGAGGUAGCCCUCCCUGACGAGGCCCCGCUCGGCGCCGUGAAUCCAUCCAGCCUUGGCCUUCCCGCUUCCUCGCCGGCGGAAAUUCUGGAGCGGCUAUGCGUGUCGGUUGAGGAGAAGGAAAACAAGACCCAGCCUUCGGUCAGCUCCAGCAGUCAGCUCAUCUCCAUCCAGAGCAAAGUUAGCCCAAGCCAGCCCUCGCUGCUCCGCCUGCAACGUGCAGACAAUGCCUCACCCGCGGUUGCGGCAACGACGAUGAAGGCCGUGUCGAGUUUCGGUGCGAUUCUUCCGCCCGGGUUAACGCUGACUACAAUCACCCCAUCCAAGCCCUGAAACAGCAGCCUCCAAGACUGUUUGUCGCUGACACCCACUCCAAGUUGAUGGCCUUUCUGUAUUUGUCGAAUCUGCUUUGGAGCCACUGACCUCUCAAGAGUUCUCUAAGGGCAUCCCAGGGACGUUCUACGAGUGUCUCGGAAUUCUUUGUCGACGCCUUGGGUGUUGGGUGGGUAUUCCUGGCAUCCACAUACCUGGUGUUUGAGGCUGUUUGUGAGGCACCGGUGUUCGUACGAGCUUUGCAUUACGUACAAGAGCACAGGGUUGGCAUGAGAUAUGCCAGAGGAAACCUUGUCUGUAGAAAGCUUGUGAAACUUCAAAGUCGUUGCGGUGCUUCGUAAAUUGAACCUGUCCGAGUGCUUUGACAUUUUAUGCUCUGUUUAGGUGGUUUUGUCCGGAAUGAGCAGUUUCACCGUGUGAAAGUUGUCACUUUGUAAAAACUUGCUUUCACAAAUCUUUUUUUUCUUUUUUUUUAAUCCUUGGUGCAUGCAUUGGAGAUUCUUACAUGCAAAAAAGUUGGGAUGUCCGAUUAUUCCCAGCACUUUUUUUUGUAUGGAAUACAGAAGCACUGUAGUCCCAUUUGGCACAGGAUUUUGAAAUUUUUCUUGGUGCCUCACAAUAACCUCCAAAUUAUCUAGACCUAGAUAGCGUCUUCAUUUCCAUUCUCUACUAGAUUCAAUAUUUUCUGUAAAUAUAUUUCCAGUGAACAUGUCACACACAUUCAUACUAUUUUUCUGGUACUUCAACAAUAGAUGUGUUCAGGUCAUGGUCAUGUUCUACGGGGACGUUGCACUUCACGGUGUCUUGUUACUUCCCUUUAUUUGGUUGUAUAAUAAAACUUUUCUAUCAAGCAUCUGCA